UUUAGGUCCAGCUCCCCGCAUUACAUUCUUUCAUUAAAGUGCACAUUGAAAGCCGGCAGCGGCCCCACCUUCCCGCCAAGCAUCUGCUCCAGAGUGUAGACAUCAUGACGACGUGCCUGCGCCAGGCAAAGCUCAACGCCUCUUGAUCGCUGUGCUUUGCUGUGAUUUGUUCGAUUCGAUAGCUAAAUUUCGAUUGAUUCGUAUCCAGCAGAUCCCGAACCAUUCACCGAGAUGCCGUACCAUCCUUCGUCCCCGACGCCGAUGACCACGGGGGUGCCGGGAGCCAUCGUGGCCAUGACCGGUCAGGCUGGCUUCUCCCAGCCCAAGAAGCGAUACAUCGACGUCCCCUCGGAGGACCUCCUCGACGUCAGCGAGACCAGCAGCUACCUGAUGGGUGCGCUCGAAGACAUCAUCGUCAACUUCCCUCCUCGAAGCCGAUACCCGCACGAAGCUCUGCAGGGCCUCUGGUCUGGCCCCACGGGCAUCGCGUACCUCCUGCUUCAGGUCAGCGCCAGACUCCCGGAUUUGAUCGUAUCCGGUCAGCCGGCCUUGCACUGGGCUCAGUGCUAUAUUGCUGGGUCUAGGGGACACAACUUGCGGUUGGGGAGCCACGGUUGCGGGGUGUCGGAUGAGAGACUGGCAUUUGAAGCUGUCAGAGCUGCCCUGACAAAGGAUCUCAGCCACGUCAGGGACUUUGUUGCGACAGUGGAGCAGGUCGCCGAAGUGGCCGAAUUUCCAGACGAAAACCUGUAUGGGAGGGGAGGGACGUUGUAUCUGCUGAGAAUGGUGAAGCAUUGGGUCGGUGCUGAUAAGUGCGGCAAGAUUAUUGACCCUGCUAUGGCUGAGAUUGCCAACACCAUCCUGAAUAACGGGCUGGGGUCACCAGGGAAGAACGGAAGUCCCCGUGAAGAUGGACGAGCAAAAUGGAGCUGGCACGGAACACGGUACUUGGGAGCAGUGCAUGGAGACAUUGGCAUCAUUACUCAAGUGGUGCUCUCCAUGCCAAAUUUGGCAGACAGGGUGGAGAGGGUGCUGGAGAAGUUGUUGAUGAUGCAGCAGCACGAUGGGAACUGGCCCAGCAGUGAAGGCCAUACGAGCCCUGGGAAAGGUUUGGUUCAAUUUUGCCACGGCGCGCCAGGGUUCGUGAUAUCGCUUUGCUCUUUGCGGCCAUAUUUCCCACGACUACAGGACAAGAUCGACGGAGCGCUCAAAAGGGCAAGGCAAUGUAUCUGGACGCAGGGGUUGUUGAAAAAGGAGCCGAACUUGUGCCAUGGAAUAUUUGGCAAUGCUUUAUGUUUUCCGCCCGGCCCACAGCGACAGCACUUUCUGGCAGUCGCUACACCUGAGAAUGUGGCCCACAUGAAGUGCUCAGAUACAACCGGCACGGUAUUCGAAAGGGCUGAUUACGGACGAUCAUACUCAACCUUGACCAGCUACGCUCCCUGCGCGGUUUGGACCUGGCUAGUCGCGCGGGAACCAGACCCUAUCAUGUUGGGGUAUAACGAUGUCUAGGGUCAUUAUAUGGGCGAGGUUGGAUGUUGGUUGGGUAUUUUUCAUGUUUCAUCAGUAAUGUGUACCUCGCAAUAUUCGAUGCCUCCACCUCCUUGGCCAGCCGUUCCCUCAUCACCCAUAAUUCCUUCUACUCUCUUCUCGAUGCUGGAUAACUCGAAGAUGACAACCUUCUCUUGCGACAGUUUCUCCUUAUCGGUAUUUCGUUCAGUUCUUGUCGUUCAUAGCGUUUUUGUGGCUCUUGCUCAUUUGGUGUCAGUU